AUGGAAAUACUCCGUAGACCUCGUCUUGUUCAAUUUGUGCAGAAGAUUGAGGUCUACCUGCCCUUUGACAGGGAGCUUAAUUACGAGAUGAGCCCAGAGACGCGCAAGAUCACGAUCAGCGAGCGGGACAAGAAACUCCUUCGGAAUGCGGUUCGCAAUGCUGGAUUUGAGGAUGUUGAUGCUGUGCGUGUGCUUGAUAUGCUUCUUACGAACAAGGAGUUUGCGACGAUGGGGUUCCGGGCUAGAACGAACUGCGCGGCAAUUUUCAUCGGACAGACACUGGCCGCACUACUCAUUUCGGUUUCACCGAGUCUCGUUGCUUUGCAGAUGACGAAACCAAAUCCUGGUCCCAAUCCUGAACUAUUCUCGGAACUACCCCUUGCACAAAUCCACCGCGAAACAAAUGCCAAUCCCAACAGCAAGCCAUUCCUGCAAAACUUACGGAAGGUGUACAUGAUCAACGAUGAAGCCGAAAUGGAAAAUAAUGGUAAGUUCUACCUAGAGCACGAUCUCGUCCGUGACUUUACGCUCUUUGACCAGCUUCCGUCCAUCGAGACGGUCGGUAUUGAUAUCAUGACAUUCGGUAAUGGAAAGUCACCCUACAGCUUGCAGCCUAUCAACAUCAGUCGAUUUGCCAUCAACCACUCCUUUCUCGACACUUGGCAUUUACUCGGCCUAAUCAAAGCGCGCAAGGAGACGCUGGAAGAACUCGAUGUCGACGCGGAGGAAGCCCGGGGGUUUGCGACAGAGGCGGAAAUUCGAUACGGGGAGUACUUGCGGUCUAUCUGGGAUCGCAGUGGGUCGUUAAAGAGUUUCUCGGCGUUGGAGCGUCUGAGAAUGGGCGUUGGAUUCUUGUACUAUUUCGCUAAUGGGGUCCGCGGGAGCUCAGAUGAGAAGUGCGAGAAGGUCCGCGUGGUUGGUCGUUUGCCGGAGAACCUGGAGUCGCUUUGCAUCAUCGGAUACCAGCAGGGAAUGGAACAAGACUACGAUGAUGUGAUUGAUGAGUUGGAGAUGCUCUGUGCUUCUGGCAUUUCGAAAUUGAAGGAGAUACUGGGGUUGGGCCUUACGAUUCCUCAUGCGGAAAAUGUUGCGGAUCCGGACGGCGACAAGCAUUUACUCUGGUCUCUUCUGACAGGGUUCGGGUCAAGGGAGAACGUCAAUCUUGACAUGAGGUGGAAUACCGAUAUUGAGGAUAGGAUUGAGAAUAUCUUCAAGAAAGGUGAGCGCUCGCACUCAAAACUCAACCAAUUCUGUGUCUAUGAUUCCGGGGAUGAUGACCCGAAUGAUGCUAAAUAG